AUGGCAAAAGUGGAACGAAUUUUAAAUGAACUUUUAUUACAAGUCGCAAAAGAACAAAACUUUGUUGACUACGAUUUGAAAAUCAAACCUGUAUCGAGUGGAGGCGCGAAUUUUUCUUCAACACUAUUCAAUGUAUCCAUCACGGAGGGUGACAGAGUUGUGCAUUUGUUUGUCAAAGUUGCCACGGCCGGUGAACAAUUACGAUCACAAGGGGGAUCAAAGGUUUAUGAAACAGAAAUAUUUGCUUACACGAAACUCGCCGAAGUUUACAAAGGAUUAGAAGAAGAACACCAAGUACCUAAAGAACACCGGUUAAAAUUCGCUAAAUUCUACGGUUGUAAUCCUGCAGUAUAUGACGAAACUCUAGUUCUUGAAGACCUUGUUGAAGCAGGUUAUGUAGCGUUUGAUAGAUCCAAGUGCUUUGACCUAAAAUACGCAACUAGUGCGCUGACAGAGUUAGCGAAAAUGCACACUCUGUCAUUAGCAUACGGUGUAUACCAUGCAGAUGAAUACAAUGAAGUUAUCGAUACUAUGAUAAAAGGAAAUUGGGUUGUUCAAGCUGGUUCAGCUCUGGUAGAUUCUCUGGAAACUGCUUUUGCUACCGCACUUAAGAACGCUAGAGAAGAAACCAAAGACAAGCUACAGAGAUUCCUUGAAACGUUUGACAAGGCUGCGUAUGGUGAUUUUUACAGGACUUCUGGACCUCCAGUAUUGGGACACGGAGAUUUUAGACCAAGUAAUUUGAUGCACAAAGUGUGCGACGACGGCACGAUGGAUAUCAAAGUAGUGGAUAUGCAGACACUUUACGGAGGCAGCCCCGUUAUAGACUUCUUAUAUUUCAUCUUCACGGGGUCUGACGAGCAGCUGCGGGAGCAGCAUUUUGAGACAUUGCAAGAUCACUACUACACCCAGCUAUGUGUGUCCAUGAAGAGGCUGGGUCUAGAGCCCGACAAGGUGUAUUCUAGAGAAACCUUCCAGUCUGAACUAAAGGAGAAACUUGUAUUUGGGCUGGUGCUCGCGAUGCUGUUUUUACCGAUAGUGUUGGCAAAUGACACGCCUGAGGUAAACGAGGAAUUUACUCUCUCCGCCAUGGCUGAGAUAAAGUCCACUGACCUUUGUAUCGAGAGGCUAAACGGCGUUAUUAAUGAUUAUGUCAAGUGGGGGAUACUAAAGUAG